AUGGUGACAGCCAACAUGUUACUGAGCGUCUUCUUUCUUUCAGCUGCUUUGGCUGUUUGUCCUGAUGAAUCAGACCUUUUCAUCUCUGCACCAGAGCAGAUGGAAGCACUGAGUGGAUCUUGUCUGCAGAUCCCAUGUAACUUUAGAGUUAAACCAGGAGAGGAAUUCAGCAGCACAGGAACAAUCUCUGGAGUGUGGAUCAAACGUCACCCCCAAUUUCUCCAAUAUCCAAACAAUGUGAUUUUCAACAGCAGCAAGAUGAUUAACAUCUACCCAAUGAGUCUGACUGGAGACCUGAGUGAUAAAAGCUGCACCACUUUAUUUUCCAGUUUAAUCACUAAUUACACAGACAGAUACUACUUCAGGAUUGAGAACCCAUCAUUCAGGGCAACAGCUUCUUGUGAUCCUCUUCAAAUAAAAGUUAACGAUUCUGCUCCGAGGCCCAGGAUGAAUCUCUCAGGUGAUGUGAAUGAUCUGAAGGAGAAGCAGUCUGUCACUAUAACCUGCUCAGCUUUCACUCCCUGUCCACACUCCCCUCCUAAACUCACCUGGACUCUCCAACAAGACCCUCACAACAUCAUGGAGCAAGACACAGAUGGAACCUUUACCACUAAAAUCCAGGAGACCAUCACUCUGUCAGACACACAUGAUGGACUCACCAUCAGCUGUUCUGCAGGAUAUCCUGUGAAUGAAGGAAAAGAUGUGAAGACAGCAGCAGCAGCAGGAAUCACUCUCAGUGUUUCAUAUGCUCCCAGGAACACCUCAGUGUCCGUCAGUCCAUCAGGUUUGGUGUCAGCAGGUAGCUGGGUGAAGCUGACCUGCUCCAGCAGAGCCAAACCUCCCGCCAGCCGCUUCACCUGGUUCAAGAACAGCAAAGAUGGAGCCGUCAGUGUAGCUGGAGGAGACUCUAACAGCCUUAAUGUCACUGAGGGAGGAGAUUAUUACUGUGUGGCUACAAAUGAUCUCGGUAAUCAGACGUCAUCAUGGAUUAAUAUUGAAGAGAACUCUGCUGGCGCUCUAAAAUGGGGUUCAGCUCUUGGAGCGAUCAUCUUCAUCCUGUGCCUCGCCAUCUGUGUUUGGUGCUUGAAGUCCAAAUGUCAAACUCCACAACCAACUCAGAGUCCAAAUGGUGAAGAUCCAGCCAGCAAAAGAGAAGAAGACAUCCAUUAUGGAGAGAUCAGCUUCUCCAAUCAGAGAGCUGAAGCGUCCUCGUCCUCAGAGCAGGACAGUGGACAGCAGCAGGAGACGCUGUAUGCACAGGUCAAAGUGUCCAAGACAGCAGAGAAGCCAGACGUCCCCGAGGAUCUCUACGCUCAAGUGAAGAAACACUGAGUCUCUCUUCUCAUCAUGUUGGGUUGGAUUAUUCAUAAUAUUGCCAUUUUUGGCUUCUUUUAUUUUCACUCUUAGUUCAUGUUGAAAAGGACACAGAAGCCUGUGCAGGAAAUUACACCUUCACAGUUAAAUAAAGAGGAACUGUAAACCUCCUCAGCACCCUGCAGCACAGACAGCUUUGCACUUCCUCAUUAUAUAAUCUAUGUUUGUGGCUUAACUCAUACAGCUGUUGCUGUGUAAUGAUAUCUUACAUAUCUACAUGCAUCAAUGCUUCUAAAUGACAACAUGAUUUACAAUCACUUUAUAGUAUAUAGUUGUUUUGUAAUGUUUAUGUAAUUUUGUGAUAUUAUACAGGUAUUUUUUAACAAGACAUGUUUAAUAUC